GUGCUUGUAUUGACUUCAAGGCUACCAGGGAAACUUGCUUGUUGUUGCAGGCGGUGAGAGUCGUCAGAACGUCAGUUAGCAGUAAAGCCAAGGUUUAACGUUAAUUUCAUAAUGGCACACUACAGAGCUUCAGAGUCCAAACGAGAGCAGUUUCGGAGAUACCUGGAGAAGGCUGGUGUCCUUGACAGCCUCACCAGUGUGCUGGUGGCAUUGUAUGAAGAGACGGAGAAACCCAACAAUGCACUUGAUUUCCUCAAGCAGCACUUGGGUGUGGCUGGCCAGGAGUCUGCAGACACUGAGGCACUCCAGCAGGAGCUAAGAGACAUGAGGCAGAGGUGUGAGCUGCUGGCUGAGGAGAACAAAGACCUCAAGAACAGGCUUCAACGCUAUGAGCCUACGCAAGAGGAUGGAGCUGCCGAAUAAAAAGUGACUCGGCUUUAUUGAAGUCAGUUUGUUAGAAACUAUGAUUUUUAUGGCAAGCCAAAACCAACAACGGGAGGCAAGGGAGUUUAUGCACCUCUGUUCUUUUUUAAUUUUCUUUAUACUCUGUUUAAAUAUUUAACUUAUUUUGUAUAUUUGAUAUAUUGAAAUAUAAUAGCUUGUGUCCCUUUAUGAUUGUCUCCACCCUCUCAUAAAAGCAAACCCCCUUUUUCUGCUUUCAGUGUACUUCAGCCUACUGCAUACCAAUGCUUUGUCUCUAGUAAACAAACGGUAACAUAA